AUGGGGAAGAGUGAAGUUGGUCUUCACCCAAUUCAACCAGACCAAUAUCGUCAGGUAAAUGAUGCUAAAGGGAUUUAUAAUUCCAAAGCACACAUAGCGGAAAUGAUCGCAUUGCUUGGCCCACCUCCCAAGGAAUUACUUGCAAAAUUUGAUGCCAUGACAGAGUUUAAAUGGCCCAAUUCUAUCAGAAACGAGGCGGCAAACUCUGCAGGAACAGGUGAGAGUUCUUUAAUGGGCCUUUUUUCCAUGAAGAAGAUGGUUUGGUGGGGAAACAUCCAAUAA